UUGCCUUCCUCUGCUGGGCGCCAGCUGCUGCUUAGGCCUGAGCGAGAGCCGACGGCGGGCGGGCGCAGCUGCAGCCUGAGCGCCGGCGGGGCUGGUGGGCCCCGCACCCUCUCUCCUCCUCACUGCCCGCGCCCUCGGACAUGGUGGCCCCCGGCUCUGUGACCAGCCGGCUGGGCUCGGUGUUCCCCUUCCUGCUGGUCCUGGUGGACCUGCAGUACGAAGGUGCUGAAUGUGGAGUAAAUGCAGAUGUUGAGAAACAUCUUGAAUUGGGCAAGAAGUUACUUGCAGCUGGACAGCUAGCUGAUGCUUUAUCCCAGUUUCAUGCCGCAGUAGAUGGUGACCCAGAGAACUAUAUUGCUUACUAUCGGAGAGCUACUGUCUUUUUAGCUAUGGGCAAGUCAAAAGCGGCACUUCCUGAUUUAACUAAAGUAAUUGAAUUGAAGAUGGAUUUCACUGCAGCAAGAUUACAGAGAGGUCACUUAUUACUCAAACAAGGAAAACUUGAUGAAGCAGAAGAUGAUUUUAAAAAAGUGCUCAAAUCGGGCCCAAGUGAAAGCGAAGAAAAGGAAGCCCAGUUGCAGCUUGGGAAGUCUGGCGAGAUGCAGCGUUUGCGUUCCCAAGCGCUCGCCGCCGUCGGGAGCGCAGACUACGGCGCCGCUAUAACCUUCCUUGAUAAGAUUUUAGAGGUUUGUGUUUGGGAUGCAGAACUACGGGAACUUCGAGCUGAAUGUUUCAUUAAAGAAGGGGAACCUAGGAAAGCGAUAAGUGACUUAAAAGCUGCAUCAAAAUUGAAGAAUGAUAAUACUGAGGCUUUUUAUAAAAUUAGCACACUGUACUAUCAACUAGGAGACCAUGAACUGUCUCUCAGUGAAGUUCGUGAAUGUCUAAAACUUGACCAGGAUCAUAAAAGGUGUUUUGCACACUAUAAACAAGUAAAGAAGCUGAAUAAGCUGAUUGAGUCAGCCGAAGAGCUCAUCAGAGAUGGCAGGUACACGGAUGCAACCAGCAAAUACGAAUCUGUCAUGAAAACAGAGCCAAGUGUUUCUGAAUAUACGAUUCGUUCAAAAGAAAGGAUUUGCCACUGCUUUUCUAAGGAUGAGAAGCCUGUUGAAGCUAUUCGAGUAUGUUCUGAAGUUUUGCAGGUGGAGCCUGACAAUGUGAAUGCUCUGAAAGACCGAGCAGAGGCCUAUUUGAUAGAGGAAAUGUAUGAUGAAGCUAUUCAGGAUUACGAAACUGCACAGGAACACAAUGAAAAUGACCAGCAGAUUCGGGAAGGUCUAGAGAAGGCACAGAGGCUAUUGAAGCAGUCACAGAAACGAGAUUAUUAUAAAAUCUUGGGAGUAAAAAGAAACGCCAAAAAGCAAGAAAUCAUUAAAGCAUACCGAAAAUUAGCUCUGCAGUGGCACCCAGAUAACUUCCAGAAUGAGGAAGAGAAGAAAAAAGCGGAGAAGAAGUUCAUCGACAUAGCGGCUGCUAAGGAAGUUCUCUCGGAUCCAGAAAUGAGGAAGAAGUUCGACGACGGAGAAGACCCGCUGGACGCGGAGAGCCAGCAAGGAGGCGGCGGCAACCCUUUCCACAGGAGCUGGAACUCAUGGCAGGGCUUCAAUCCCUUCAGCUCAGGCGGACCUUUUAGAUUCAAAUUCCACUUCAAUUAAACCAGCUGUUUUUCUGCUCAUCUUCCUUAAUUUUUUUAAAGAUUAAACACAAAGAAACCUUGUUCCAGGAUCCUAAUGAAAAAAAAAAAAAAAUUCAAAUCUUUUAAUUUGUCCAUGACCAAAGAGUUAUUUUAAUAGGAAAGAUCGUUUUAUCCAUUUUAGACCGGAGGCUGGUGGGUGCUUGGAGGCAGGGAGGCGGAGGCCGGUUCUGUGUCAGGCAGAGCAGACCCUGUGAACCGCGGAGGGUCCGGAAGGGUCUGCGGUGGGCGCGCCUGUGGCGGGGCCACGGCAGAGGACAGCAGUGCCGACGUGGGUGCGGAGCCCCAAGCUCGUGUUUUAGGAUUCGCAAAGAGAAUGCCAACAUUUUGAGUCGUACGUUCUUAGGGACGCCUUCGCCUUAGCUUCUGGUCGUGCAGUCGCUCGCAAAUACCUGUUAAGUGACAGAGCCUCGCGGCCACACGCAUUUCUAUCUCCGCCGGCCUGAGCGCGGUGGCCGCAGGAGGAGGGACGGAGUCUUUGAGAAAACCUGCUGCCAGGUGGUAGUGGCGCUGCGGGUGUAGACUCUGGAUGGACGUGCAGCGCGUCUUCUGUGUCGGGCACCUGCGAGAGAACACGAAGACCGCGGAUGCAGACAUGACGUAGGUCCAGAUCAGAGAGCAGUGGUGUCACCUGAAACAGGCUUGCAGUGCAGAGUGAAAUGCUCCAACCGCUGUCGUGAGUUACGCAGAAUUGCCUGCAACAGGACUGCCUGAGAAAUGGAAAGUUGCUCAGUUGACAGAGAAAACGGACGCUCCCCACUUUUAAUAAGGCGGCGGGGCGGCUUCUCGGCCGUCCUGGCCGACCCUCUCGGACGGCAGUCCCCCCCCCCCCCCCCCGCCCCCCGGGACUGUCUGAGGCCCGUGUUAGACAGGAGACCUGCCCCCGACCUGCCCCCGAUGCCUCUGGUUGUUGUCCCUAGAAAAAAAUACGCGUUUACAAAUGCAGUCCGCUCCGGCUGCCUUUCCACCAUCGAGAAGGCAUCUCUUCUGGAGAUCCCUUCUUACCUUUUAAGAGACGGACUUAUUCAGUCUUUGGAUACUGGAUAAUUUUUUUCCCUAAAAACUGAGUGUUAACUUUAAUUAAGAACAUUAAAUAUUUACAGAACUACUGAUGCUGCAUUUAAACUCUAAGAGAAUUACUUUAGUCAAGAAUUACUACUUUCAUUCUGGAAAGGUUUUUUUGUUUUGGCCUCAGAGCAUUCUGAUGAGUAUGGGUCUAAUAUUGUUUUUCUGAAAUCGAGCAUUUUAAUUUCCGUGGCGGGAGGGGUCCUGGCCACAGCAGCCAAGCACAGAGCCUUUCCUUCCACAGCCCUUCUGAAAUAUACGUGGAGAAAUUUCUCUAAACGCAGGGGAAAAAGUCACAUAGUUGAACUGAGCAAAACGCCUGUGUGCUUUCUGCAUCCCAUUUAGAAGUCUGUUUCGUACCAAUAAACUUAAUGCAUUUUGAAAAUUAGUGAAUAGUUUGCAGCUUCCUUUUAAGGUCUCAAAAUUCAAGCCAGUGCUGAAAGGAUCUCUGAGGGAAAUUCCGUUUUGUUUCUUUUAUCCUAGCAAUCUCAUGACUCCAUUACAUCAGCAAUGUUGUUUGCCAGCCUGGUUCUUUGGCACAUGAUGUCACUGUGACCGUUUUGCAGUCUAGCAGUGGCCUCUGCCUACUUUUAAAGUAAGAAUUUUCACACAGAAUCCGAACAGUAAUAGGAAAUCACUUGCCUUCCCAUUCAGAGAAGACGACGAGAAGUCACCGCAAGGAGCCGGAGGGAGUCAGGGCGGUGGUGGGCUGGCCGGUGGGAGCUGCGUCCUGGGUGCCGGUUACUGUCAGGCGCUGCCCAGACGCCUGCUGGCGUGACUCUGUCCGCACCGGUAAUAAACCUGUAAUUCCCAUCCCUGAAAUUUUACCGCGGACUCCGAUUAGUCACCGUAACUGAAAUGUGCGGUUACUCGCUGGUCUUCAGUGCGGAGAGGAGCUAUGUGCCGAGUGCCAGCGCCACAGAGAGACUUGAGGACAGUUGCCGGCCUGGAAGUCUGGCCUUGCCCUGCCCCGGCCCCGAGGGAGGCUCCGGGUGCGGAGGGCCAGGCCUUUGUGCCGCCGGCCUGCUGGGACAGGUCGUCCAGCGGAGGACCGCACGGGACUGACAGGCAUUUGACUUGCUUUUGGGUUCCUUCCACUUGCCAGUCUCCUAGCUCUUGUUUCUGGGGCCUGCAGCGGCCCCGUAAAUGGCUCUUUCUGGAAAAUUGAAAUCACAGGGGUACCUAGCCUUGGCUGUAGGAGAUUCCUUUCUUAAACUCCUUCCUUGCUUUUUGGAAAGCUUCUGAAAUGGAGUAUCACUUGUCUGGACAUUGUGGAUAUUUUCCACAGCAGCACGUAUUAAACACAUCAGCCUAAAAACACGAGAACGUUCUAAAAGGAGAAUAAAUUUAUUGCCCAUUUUUGAAACUCUGCUUUCUUGGCAUGGAUAAAUGAAAACUUGAAAACGAAAACAACUGUAAUAGUUUACUACUGUGAACUGGAGAGACGUAAUGCUUAAAACAUCUUUCUCUUCGGUCAGUAUUAAAAAUGUAUCUUUAAUCAGUAUGAAAACAACUUUUUUGGACUCUGAUAAUGGAAUGUAAAAACUACCCAUAUAUAUAUUUUUUUUUAAAGGGGAAAAUAACCAAGUAGGAAAAAAGUUAACAGAAUUAACAAUUUGAAAUUGGCAGCAUUUCCUAUUCAUGAUGGAAAAUGGGAGAUUUCACUUCAAAGGCAUGAGAACGGUCAGAAGUUACGACAUUUGCCAUGAAAAAAAUGCGUAAGAUGCUUAAGUUAAAAACGCUUCCUCAGUCAGGCUGGGUUGGAGCUGCCUCCCUUUAAGCACAGGCCACUGGCGAGGGCCUCGCGAAAGCUGAGUGCCAACCGUGCUGUGACCUAGCGAACUCCAUGCAACUUAAUUGAAUGUAGUGACUUUCCCGUACUUAUAAAGGAAGGAGGAAGGCAAAUGCUAAUAAGUCGGCAAAUAAUACCCUUAUUCUAAAUCAGAUCAUUCCUUUUGUUAGUAGCAGAGUCUGUUCUGCAAUUGCAAAUGAUAUUAAUAGGUGGAUUUCUUGUUUAAAUGGAUGAUCUCAUUUGCUGAAUGAUUUAAGAGUACAGUUAGCCACUGCGUGGCUUUACGUAUAGUGACAGGUUUUGCACUGGUCUGCGGUGGCCUCUUGCCUGCAGUGGAAAGCAGAGUGUGGAGGAAGAAAACGUGGAGAUGUUUGAGAAGUUAAACUACUACUCCUACUGUAAGGCUAUUGCUGGUUCUGAAUGAGACAAGACUAAUUUAAUCCAUCUCAAUUUAGUGUUUUAAUAGAGAAACAAAAUUAAUUGAAAUGGGUCUGAUAUGUCUGCAAAUAUGGGUACUAUUUUUAUGCCUGUGUAUUUUCACAUUUAAUAAAAAUAUUUAUGGUCAAAUCA